AUGCAAGAACCAAGCGCUUCUCAGCGCUCAAGGGAAGAGCAGGAUCUGCUGGAAUGCAGUACCAAGAAGCCGAAGCAGGUUCAUUCUCCGUCUAUUACCCGUUUGCCGUCAAUUUCAAUGAAAGCGGUGCGGGAAUCUUCAACGAAUGAUGACGCCAGUUUCAUGACUCCCCCGUCCGGAGGUGCAUCUUCGGCAUCUUUCAACUGCAUGAUGAACGAAAGAACCGAGGAUCAAGGCCUCAAGAAUGAUCGUGAAGGAACAUCAACUGCAUACGACGACAUGCAAGAAGACGAUGGGGACGAUCCCUACUGCCCUACCAUCAAAGUUACUGAAGAAGAGAAAAUACGUCUUAGGAAGCCAUGGCAGAGAACCUUGAUCAUCCGUGUGCUGGGUCGCACAGUAGGCUUUAUGUACUUACACAAGAGGUUACACGCCAUGUGGAGGCCGGAAGGCCAAAUGGAGCUAAUCCCCCUCGAUCAAGAUUACUAUCUGGUGAGAUUUGAAGUCCAACGUGACUAUGACUAUGCGAAGUUCGAAGGGCCUUGGAUGUUGCUCAACCAUUAUGUGACUGUCAAAGAAUGGGUACCUAAUUUCUACCCAACAGAUGAUAUUACUGAGAAACUUUUGGUCUGGAUUCAUUUUCCCAAUCUCCCUGCUGAAUAUUUCGAGGAGGAGUUCCUCAUGAAAAUCGGGAGGAAAGUUGGUAGGCCAAUUAAGAUUGAUACAACCACGAGCUUGGUCUCAAAAGGGAAAUUCGCAAGACUUUGUGUGGAAGUAGAUAUUACUAAACGUUUGCUGUCUAAGUAUGACCUUGAAGGAAAGGCUAGGUCCAUUGAAUAUGAGGGCAUUCACCUUAUUUGCUUCAAGUGCGGCCUUUACGGUCACAGGCGUGAACAAUGCGGACGCAGGAGCGGUGAGUCCAUAGGGAAGGAAGAAAACCAUGAAGUCCAUGAAGAUGAUCGAUCAAAUUGCAGAGGCCAAGAUGGUACGCCUCUGGUCUUUAAAGAAACAGUGAAAAUACCAUCUCUGAAUGAUAACUUUGGCGAAUGGAUGAUAGUGUCUAAGAAGGAUAGGCGCAAACCUCGAAGGAACAAUCAAGGUGACAAUACCCGGCAAGUAACUGGGAGGAAUACUACCCCUAAACCACCUGGUAGAACCAAUGUGCAAAAGAAUGGGACAUCACAGCGUUUUGCGCCGUUGGAAGAUCAUACGGAUAGAGAUCAGCCCUUUGAUGGGGCUAGUAACGUGAGUUUUAAUGAGCAUCCUGGUGGGCAACGGGCUUCUUCCUCCAAAGGUAAAGAGGUGAUCACGAGUCCUAGGCAAGUAGCCAGCCAUCCGACAUUAGGGGAAGACUUCAUGUUCGAUGAUUCAGACUUCCCACAGUUAGCAGUCAGUUCUUCGAAGGAUACCACCAGAGGCAGAGGUCAUAGAGGUGGUCAUCCGGGCAACUUUUCUAGGAGGGCAGUUGCUGAAUCUGAACAUACCCUGGUUCGAGGUUCUGGAAGAGGGCAAACGAUUUCUAGAACAACUGUUCAGCACGACGAUCCACUCCUCGCUCCUGUCUUUCUAAACGAUAUAAAUUUGCCGAAUAGGAAAAAGCCUCCUGACAAGGAUAAUGCUUUGCAUGCUUGCCCUUCCCAGCCUGAUGAAGCCAUGGAAUUAGAUGGCAACAUGUCUUCCUCUCACGGUUGUGAGCCGUCUGAUCCCCAGCUCUUUUGA